CGAUUUUGUUGCAGGGAGAGGGAGGAGAGGGGGAACAGAGGGGAAGAGGCAAAGGGACAAUGGCGGAGGGAGGAGAUUCGUUGUCUCCGUCUUGGUGGCAGAGAUUCCUGGAUGAGAAGAAGGAGUACUGGGGCGAGAGGCUCGCUUUCCUCGAGAACUACCGCGAGAUCUACGGCCGGGAGAAGCCCCUUCCCAAAUGGUCCAAAUCCGACGUCGAGGAGUUCAUCGACUCCGAUCCUGUCAACGGCCCUCCGCUUAAACUUGCGCGGGAAGCUGCAAAGAUAUCUGCUGUUGGGAGUGUCAUUGGGGCAGUAUCAACUGCAGGCUUUUCUUGGAAGUAUUCAAAAAGUCCACAUGGUGCUCUGUUGUCUCUUGGAUUUGGGGCAGUCGUUGGCUGGACCUUUGGUCAGGAAAUUGCGAGUCAUUGGUUUCAACUGUACAAGUACGAUACCAUGGCUGCUCAGCUCAAGUUCUUCGACUGGUGGGAGAGCAAAACCGAACGCCGUUCUUAAGUUGGGUAGUUGAACGGCUGAUAAAACUCUGUGUGGUUUCUUUGUUCCAAUAAAAGUGACAAACUCUUGCCAAAUUACAUGACUUCUGUAAGUCGAUUGAAAUGUGCUUUUUAAGUGUUUUUCAAUGCAUCUUCCUCAGCCUGGUCACACUGGCAAAAUUUCCUCCACCUAUCAGCAGCAUGUACAUCUCUAUCUGGUAGAUUGGGUUUGCUAUUGUACCAUUCCUUCUGGAGCUUAUUUUAUAAUUUAUACUUGGUGUUCUUCAAA